AUGUUUGUUUAUGUUGCCGGGUCUGAGAUGAUGAUUCUUCUAUUAUAUGUCGAUGAUAUAAUCCUUACUGGGUCUUCAGAAAGUUUUAUUUAUCAUUUGAUUUCUUAUUUAAGUGCUGCUUUUACAAUGAAAGACUUAGGAGAUUUGCAUUUUUUCUUGGGACUUGAAGCUACUAGAUCAAUUGAUAGUAUUUUGCUUACUCAAAGGAAAUAUACAUUGGAAUUGUUGGACAAGGAAAAGAUGCUUGAAUGUAAUCCGUGUAGUACACCAGUUGCUAAGGGUCCAAGAUACUUAUGUUUGACAAGACCAGAUAUAUGCUUUGCUGUUAAUUAUGUCAGUCAGUAUAUGCAUGCCCCUACAGAUGUUUAUCUGUUGUUAGUAAAGAGGAUAUUAAGAUAUUUAAAAGGUUCCAUAGGUCUUGGUAUCACAAUGAGGAAGGGAGAUAUUACAACUUUAACAGCUUACACAGAUUCUGAUCGGGGGAAUUGUCCAGAAACAGCUAGGUCUACUAGUGGUUAUGCAAUAUUUUUGGGUUCUUCUUUGAUUUCUUGGUCCAGUAAAAAGCAGCCUACUGUUUCUAGGUAUACAGCUGAAGCAGAGUAUAAGGGAUUGUCAGUAGCAACUGCUGAGUUAGAGUGGCUUUCUUCAAUUCUUUCUGAGUUACAUAUUGCUUUAGCUAAACCAAUUACUUUAUAUUGUGACAAUACAAGUGUUAUUUACUUGUCAGCUAAUCCAAUUUCUCGUUCCAGGGAAAAACAUAUAAAAAUUCAUUAUCAUGUUGUCAGGGAGUUAAUUACAAGUGGAUUUCUGCCAGCACAACAUAUUGCUUCAUAG